AUGCAGCCGAAAUCCGUGGAGAGGUUCUUGUGGACAAGAGGCUUGAGCCAGUUUCUCCCGGAGAUUCCGUACGCGUCCCUGAACUCACGAAGCGGCAAGCUACAACUCUGCACUUAUCUUCAAAGGUACGGACUGGGUAUCAUUCGAGGAGUAGAUGUCGAGACGGGGAUGGUUGCCAAAGUGGGGAACCAGAUCGGCAAUGUGCGCGUGACCAAUUACGGGUCGAUCUUCGAUGUGCAGGACAAGGGUGCUGAGGCCACAAACCUGGCCUUUACGAGCCAGAGGAUCCGUGCACACACGGACAACCCGUACAGAGACCCCUUUCCAGGUGUGCAGAUGUUGCACUGCUUAGAGAGUGCUGAAGAAGGUGGAGCCACUAUGUUCAUCGAUGGGUUUCGGGUAGCUGAGGAGCUUCGAAUCCAAGAUCCUGAGGCUUUUCGCAUGCUCACAGCGACCUCGCACCCCUUUGAAUAUCGGGAUCCAGACGAAGGAGUUCUGCUGCGUGCUGCUGCUCCCGUGAUCCAGCUCGACCAGGCCAAUGCCGUCCAGAGAAUCACGUUCAACAACCGCUCGGCGGAGUACUACCGGGCAUGGGCAGCAUUUGACUUCUUGGCCAAUUCGGACGACUACGCUGUGAAGCUUUUGAUGAGGCCCGGGGACAUGGCUAUUUGGCUGAAUGGUCGCGUCAUGCACGGCCGCGAGAGCUACCGUGCUGGUGGCCGGCGGCACAUUCAGGGUGCAUACUUGGAUCAGGAUGAGAUCCACUCCAGCGUCAUGGCGGCCUUGGCUGAAGGUGUCGACGUUAGUUCUUUUGACGUCCACAAGCUCGCAGCGAAUGUUUGCAUGGAGGUGUUGAGCUCCCUCCCGAGGACAGCCGAAGAGGAUCCGUUUCGUGAAGCCUUGAAGCUUGCAACGGCAGCCCGCAGGUCAGGGGCACGAUCCGAUAUUGUUUUGGCCUGUUUGAUGCAUGCCGCAUCGCGGCCAGAUGCUUUUGAGAUUUGGACCCAGGUCGCUCAGGCCAACUUCAGACAGCUCCGGGAUCUUGGAGAGACGACGUCGCCCUUGGCAAGGAUGGGCUUUGCCACUGAGGUCGUGGCAUUCGCCCAGAAAGUUGAAGACGGUUGGCGAUUCGAUGGUCUGUCACGAGAGGAGCAAACGAGAUACCUGGCCAUUCCUGAAGCGGAAAUGUUGCUCCAGUGCAUCCGUGCAUGCCGGGACGGCGGGGCAUCUUCGACGCCUGACUCUUUCCAUGCUCUUCUCUGCGAGCACUUCCAGCACCAGUCCAAGUGA